CUUUGCUCACCCCAAAAAAAUGUCGAAGCUCACUCCAUUGUUAUGCUUUAUGAUUGUUGCUUUUGGGGUUGUUCUUGUUGAUGGUACAGAACCAAAGACGGAUGUUGGGUUCUAUGAGAUCAAGAAAGGUGAUUUAUCUCUCAAGUUGAGCAACUGGGGUGCAAGCAUUAUCUCUCUUCAUUUUCCCGACAGAAAUGGAAAGUUGACAGACAUUGCUCUUGGGUAUGAUUCAAUUAAGGAUUACAUGAACGAUACAACAUAUUUUGGUGCCACAGUUGGACGAGUUGCUAAUAGGAUCGCGGGUGCUAAAUUUACUUUGAACGGUACCGAGUAUAAAUUAAAAGCUAAUGAAAAGAAUAACAUUCUUCAUGGUGGAGCAAAAGGAUUCGGUGAUUUGGUUUGGAAAGUGAAAAAGCAUAAGAAAGACGGUAAACGUCCUUCUAUUACCUUCUACUAUCGCAGCUAUGAUGGCGAAGAAGGAUUUCCUGGUGAUCUUGAUACCACUGUGACUUUUACCAUUCUUGACAACAACCAAUUAAGUGUAGUAAUGAAAGGCAAAGCUCUAAACAAGGCAACCCCUGUGAAUUUGGCUCAACACACUUACUGGAACCUUGGUGGUCACACCAGUGGUGACAUUUUGUCGAAUGAGAUCCAGAUAUUCGGUUCUCAGAUUACAGCAGUUGACAAGGAUCUCAUCCCCACUGGCAAGCUCGAUUCGGUGAAGGGCACGCCAUAUGAUCUCCUUCAACCAACAGUCCUGAAAAGCAAGUUCUACGGGCUUCCUGACGGUUAUGAUGUCAACUAUGCCCUGGACGGUGGCACGGGCAAGAAGUUGAAGCCAGCAGCAACAGUGGUGGAGAAGAAGUCGGGAAUAAAGAUGGAGCUGUUGACAAAUGCCCCUGGUUUGCAGUUUUAUACUGGUUCUAAUAUUAAGGACCUGAAGGGGAAAGGUGGAUUUACUUAUAAAGUUCAUGCCGGGCUUGCUUUGGAGACUCAAGGCUUCCCCGACGCGGUCAACCACCCCAAUUUCCCUUCACAGAUUGUUCCUGUUGGAAAGACUUACAAGCACACCAUGCUGUUCAAGUUUUCGAAUAAGGCAUAGAAACCCCUUUUUUUCUCGGAUUUUCGUGACCUUGAAAUAGGUCCGAGAUGAGAGGGCUGCUAAGCUUUUUUCUGUAAAUUCUGAGCAAGAUUGAUGAAUAAAAAUGUAAUUAUGAACGAAUGUGUUGAUUCCUUGCCAUUGUACUAUGACUUGCUUAAUUGUAGAUCUGAAU